UUUCCUCUUAUGUGCUUUUCGUAUCUGUUCUCUCUUUGAUCCUCUGGACCCAAACUUCCCAGAAGCCCUAGAUCUCUCCCAACCGUUGGAUCUGAUCGACAGUUCCAACAUUCGGAGGCGGCAAUGGUUGAGACAGAACCGGUGUUGUUGUUAUCCAGUUCAGGCGUCAGCAUUGUCCUCGGCUUGUAGAGUCUUGGAUGUUUUUCCCCUUUCUCUUGAUGGCCGGGAGAUCCAAUUUCUUCUGGAUUUAGGGCAGAAAAACCGAAGAGAUUUUGUUCUUUCAGUGAUGUGUGAUUUCGUCGCGCGUACGGGUCGGCUUCAGCAGCGGUACGAGGAUGGUUGCCGCCUGGUAGCUGGAUGUAUUCCAUUUAGAUAUAGAAAUUCCGAUGAUGGUGGUGAUUACAAUUCUGAGAAAGUCGUUGAAGUGUUGAUGAUCAGCUCACCUAGCGGACCCGGUCUUUUGUUUCCCAAGGGAGGCUGGGAGAAUGAUGAAACAGUGGAGGAGGCCGCAGCCAGGGAAGCCGUUGAAGAAGCCGGAGUUCGAGGGAUUCUAAUGGAUUUCUUGGGAGAUUACCAGUUCAAGAGCAAGACUCACCAAGAUGAAUUUAGCCCUGAAGGUAUAUGUAAAGCUUCAAUGUAUGCAUUGUACGUGAAGGAAGAGCUGGAGUCGUGGCCUGAACAAGAAACGAGAACUCGAGCAUGGUUAACGAUACCGGGAGCGGUAGAGAGUUGCCGGCACGCGUGGAUGAAAGAUGCUUUGGAAGAAGGCUUCUGUAAAUGGCUUCAGCAUAAGAUUGCCAAAGGAGAGGUAAUUGCUGAUGAAGAUUGAAUUCAAAGUGUGCAUAACUCAAGAUCAAAUUUAAAAAAAAAAAACAAAAAAAAAGCAAGAUAAAUAAUAAGACUUACAAGAGAAAAAAAACUUCAAGCAGAUGGUCAAAACUAUUUUAGUUUUUCUCUUCUUUUUUUUUCUCGAAAUGGGGCUUCCUUCAUUGUUCGUUCAA